GACACACCGCCACACACACCGGCAUCGCCGCCCCGCGCCGCGCCGCCCGGGCCGGCAUUGCAUAACGGCGCCGGGGCGAGCAGCUGCGGGAUUGCACCCUGCGGAUUAGGGAUUACGUUGAUUCAGCAGGUUGCCCGGUGCAUGUCUGAGAGAGAUUACACCAGCAGAGUUAAGAAUACCCCUGUGCUGCGGUUUUCCUGUAUGGACGGGACACUUGAAAACUAGAGAAGCCACCUGAGGUCCCAUGAAAACCAGAACUGUCUGCUCAUAAAGUGCUGUUUUAGAAGAGUAGCCUCUGACCAAGAAUAAAAAUUGUUGUCGGAAUAAUAUGCGAACAGAUCAUGAAGAACUCUGUGGCACCAGUUAUGGAUCUUUUUGUCUAAAUGGAGGGAUUUGUUAUAUGAUUCCUACUGUAUCCAGUCCAUUCUGCAGGUGUAUUGAGCAUUACACAGGAGCCCGUUGUGAGGAAGUUUUGCUGCCCAGCAUCAAGUCCCACACAAAAGGUGACCUGUUUGCAGCUUUCUUGGCUUCACUUCUUCUUCUAGGAGUUCUUGUAAUUGGAGCAUUCUACUUCCUUUGCAGAAAAGUUUCCAUUCCAAGGACAAGUUCCUCAGAGUGUGGUGCCAACCUAGUUGAACCUACAAGCAGCAAUGGCUGCAACAAAAUAACAACAGCAUAAAGCAAUUAAGUGGAAGAAUGGUGGGAAAACAACAUGCAGAGCAACCCUAAGAACACAAGUUGUAGAGGAUGAUGUGGUGAGCAAGAUGAGAGAAGAAAGCAGACUGAAAUAGGAGCUUAUGUGCUGGAGAACACUGCAACUAAGACAUAAACAGUUGCACUUAAUGGAGUUUGUAUGUAUUUUUAAAGAUGCAUCAAUUAUACAGAAAUCACUAUAACUUGUUUGAAUUUUUUGGGAGAUUGUUUUAUGACAAGUUACAGUUUUCAAUAAUGCCCAGGUAGACACAUGAGAAUUUUGGGGUUUACUACAUGGGAAAUGUAUAAAAUAUAUUAAAUAUUUUUUUCACUGCAGAGAGAAUAUGAGAUAAUAACAGGGGUUUAGCAUGACAUAAUACUAUGGAUUUUUGAUAGGGGAAUUUUGUUUGACUGUCUUGAGUCAAUAGUUUCAAAAUUUGUACUUUUGAUACACGUCCAGAAUUUGGCUUGUUUCAGACACCCUUAACAGAUGUAGGGGAAAAAAAAGUACCUUUCUCCCAGCUAAUACUCUUUCUCUUUUUUUCUUUUUAAUCAUAAGACAACAUGAGGAUGAGGUACCACUGCUAGUGUAUUUGAUUUGAAUUUGAAUGAAAAGAAAAGAGAUAGGUAGUGGUUAAAAGAAGUUUAGGCAGAGAAUUUACCCUUUGUUUGCUAUACCUCCCUAAUAUUAAGCAAGACAUCUUCCUUGAUGGGUUUAUUUUUGUCUUGCUUUCUUCUGAAAAUCUCACUGCUGAGGGAAAUUAAACCUCGCCUUAAAUUUUCCAGUUGAUAUUUCAGAUAGCAGAAGCCAGGAAUUUUAUUCAUCAGGUCAAUUCCUGACACAAAAUAUUCAGACAGGUGUCUUGGCUGAAAAAGUGCUGCCCUCUCUAAAGAUUUAUUUCUUUUAUUCACAUGACCAUUUGUUGAUCACACCAGUGCCUCAUAUAUCACACUCUGGUUCCUUACAGGAUUCUCUUACUCAGACAAAGAGAGGCCAAAUGACAUGGUCCAUGUGCCUUUUUGCCUUGACAAAACAAAGAGAAUGCUCUGGUUAGUCAGAGGCAUAGAAAAUGUGAACUGAGCAACUUUCUUUUCAAGUUAUUUCUAGCACUGGGGGUUGAAACCAGCAGAAAUCAGAUAUGUUUCCAUUUUUGCACAUUACCCAGCAGGUCAUUACAUGGGAUUUUUAAGGUUGUAUUGGGGGGAAGAUUAACUGAGAAAACUUCACAAAUUGAAAGGAGAGAAAAUGUAGAACAGAGAUUUCUUAUCUCUGAAAUAAACAACCUGGAGUUGUGUAAAAACACAGGUGCAAAGGAAAUGUUGAAUAAGCUCCUAUUUCUGGGCUGCUUUACUACAUGCUCUGGUGUACUCUGUAUCCAUGUAGACAAAAGUCCAGUGGGGCAGAGAAGGAAAGCCCUGCUGUUACAGGGUGUGAGGUGAGGAGUCAAAGGGAAAACUGUGCUAUAAUAACUACUGGAACACAAACCAGAAAAAUUCAUUACCUUCCAAGGACUCAUGUCAGAGAAGUCAGAGUCCCAGUUAAUGCUCAGCAUCUGAAGGGAGAAUCUGAGGGCAUCAAAUCAAGUACAGGACCUGAUCCAGAGAUUAGGUUAUAUAAAGCACUAAAAGAUCACUUUCUCCCCAAAUUAACCAAUCUUAUAUGUUAUUUUCUGCACUUCAAACCUUUAGCAGAUAAGCUGAAGGAAGCUGGGAAUAUUGUCUUAAAGGCUAAGAAAGAGAAAAGUGAUUUUUCAUCACACAGGGACAUGCCACUGUUGUACAGAGAGCUCGGGGGAUGUGUGGCACUACUGAGAGCUCCAUCAGAAUCACUGUCACCUGAACUUUGCACAGCCUGGGGGAAAACUAAUCACAGACAGCUGCUCUCAGAUAACUUCAAUAUGUUACUGAUCCUGAGACAGUCAGACUUACACUUUGGGAUACUAUCUCCACUGAAAAAGGAAAAAGCUUGUGGUCAUCUUAAGUGGAAAUUCAGGAAGGAGAUAUUAAUAGAAGAUGUAAGAAAUAAAUGGGCUGAAGUUGUACUGUAUAAACUCUUAGAAUCCCCUCAGCUUUCUAGACAGAUAUGGAAUAGUUAUUUAAUGUUACCAAGCGUGUUUGCAUUAUUUGGGAAACAGUUUGUACAAAAAGUGAGGCUGAAUAAACCAAACCCACGUUUAAAUGCAAACAGGGUGAUUUAUGGAACAGUGGUACCUGUGAAGGAAAGGCUAUUAGCAGUUCAGACUGCCUCAAACCCAUUGCACCUGAGAACAUUCCAGCUUCCAAAAUUAAUUGGUUCAGUUCACAAGCUUUGUGACUGUGACGUUCAGAUCAAAAUGAGAUCAGGCUACAAAUUCAUUUUAAGGUGGUCAAAUGCCACAGACAGUACAGGGUAGCCAACAUUAUAUGUAAUUUCAUAAAAUAGGGCAGCACUUUGUAGCAACGUUUGCUUACAAAAUUAAGUAGCCCUGUGAGCAAUAAAGCUAAAGAAACACCAGUUCCAGUGGAUCAGAUAUUGUAGUUGGAGUCACUGGGGCAUAAAAUUACCUGUUUAUGGAGGGGUGAGUAAUAAGGGCUUUCUCUUGUCUGUUUGACUGCCAUUUCCAGGAAACACAAGAUCUCAUGUCUUUAAAAUUACCUCUCCACCAGCAGGAAGGUUAUGGGGGAAGAAAAGUAGAAAAGGCUAAUUUCCUAAGAAACUCCACUACCAUGAUUACACCACAAUUUAUUAUAGUGUUAUGGCAAAAAUUGUUUUAUACCUGAGGACCACAUCUUCCUUUCAGAAUCUUGUAGUAAAAGUCUCUUCAUAAGGUGUUGCAAAAACCUUUUGAUCACUUGCAGAACAAACUGACAACUAUUAGCAGGAAGUCUGUUUAUAGACCUAAGGAAGAGGUUGCUUAUAUGUUACAGUAUAUAAUUAUUCUUCAUUAGCAGCACAAACAAACUCUGGAGCAAAGUACAGUUAAAGGAGAACGUGAAAUGGCUUUUCAAAGAAAACAAGAGGAUUUUCUCUGUGCUAGUCUUUUGAUUUAUAAUGUUAAAUAUUAAGCAGGAAGACCAACAGAAAGUCCAUUUGGUAGCACUUCCCAUUUUAAGGGUACCUUCAAUGUUGUGCAACUCCUUCAAAAUUUACUGCAUUAAAAAAACCUUUUCCUUCUGGCCCUGCAUUUUUGAACAGCUGGAGAGGGUCUCUGACUCUGUGACUCUGUUUCCUUUGGUAUUUAGCAUCCUUUCAUUUAAAGGACAUCAAGCUUUUUCCAGUAAAAACUGAAAAGACUGUGGAUGAGUUUAAACCCAGGGUUUUUUUUCCAUUUACUUUCAUUUUUACUAUGACUAUAUUCAAACCCAAGGAUAUUCAUGAAGAUUUAUGAGUAUAAGUUUGGGAAAAAAAAUGGAACUAAGUUGUGUUAUGAUUCCCUGGCAAUAUAAUUUAGAUUACCAGGAUGCAGGUGUUCACUGUGCCUCCUGUUGACAUCUAUAUACUUUAAUGAAGAGAUGGAAUAUUACUAUAUCUCAGAUUAUAUGGAAUAAUCAAAAGAAUCCAGACAUAAAUUGUUUGGGUUUUGUGGUUAAGAUUAAUGAAAAAAGGGAUUCUUCAUUUAAAGGACUGCAGUAUUUCUUGCACUUUGGGGGAAAAUGAGCAAACAAAAAAACCCCCUAAACCUGUCUAUGCCUAAAGAUGUUAAAAAAAACCCCAUAACCCAAAACCUUCUUCAUUAUUCUAUGUAACAUUAUCUGCUUAUGCUUAUUCAAAGUCUGUUCUUGCUCUCCUUGUGACUGUAACCUGUUCAACAUCAUCUAUAAGUAAGGCAUGAAAUCAGUUCCUUGACAGCAGAGCACCAAAUACAAAUUCUGUCAAACACCCAUAGUCAGGCUGCUGCUCAGUUCCAUCUUUGGGACUGACACUCCCCAAAACCUUUCAGCAGGAAUCAUUUCUAGAGCGAGAUAAGGGAUGUAAAUAGAACCUACAGCUGCAGAACCUGAAAUAACAAGCAGAUAUUGCUGUUUUCAUCCCCCAAAUUAAAGUUACAACCAAUUUUUAACUCUUCUCGAUGCACCUCUAUGUUUGUGUAACAUUUGAACAGUCUUUUUCAGUGUACAUUUUAAAAGAGACUGUUUUCAAAUUACCUUCUCAAUGCAAGUAAUGAUAUUUUGUCUAAAAGUUUGUGCAGGCAGAUGAUGGGCUGUAAAAAGGUAGCUGAGCAUCCACUGGUGGCAGUUUUUGACAGGACUGGGUGAUUUGAAUCUGUGUUGUACAUUCUCCAUCAUGGAAUUUGCUGCUGUUUCAAACCAUUCAGUCAUUUUCACCAGUUCUGGAGAUUCUCAGAGAGUUCCUUUUCAGGGGAUUAGUGUUUGCUCUCCCUGCUGCCAUAUUGACAACUCAGCUAAAAUGAGCUUAUUUUAAAAAUAGCUGUUUCUAAUUCUUAUAGCUGUGAAAAUUUAUUGUGCAAAGGUGACAUGACCUGCCACUGUCAGUGAUGUGAAUCACCGAAACAUUUAUUUUGAGAAUUUUGUGCUACCCGCUAAUCUCACUGAAGAUCUACCUGUGAAAUGUAAUGAGGACAAUUUACACAUUGUUUUUUAAAAGCAUUUAAAAGGACAAAUCCCAGUGAUUUGGGAAUAAAUUUGUUCUCUUAAGUUGUCAAAGCACUUGGGAAAAAAUUCCAAUUAGCUAUUUCUCUGCUAAUAAUUCUAAUGUAAGUAUCCACUUCUAAAGAAUCCAAACCUAUCUUAUGCAUUUCCUUUGAGUUUCCAGUUUCUCACUGCAGCUGUGUUCUGUUUACAAAAAUACCCUACAUUGUUCUGGAGUGCUGGUGGGCAGAAAACAGUCAGUACAAGGGCCCUACAAUGUUUGAACUUGUACUGUUUGACCUAAAGCAGUGGUAGAGGACCCCCAGCAGCAGUGAGCUUGGUUUACCUUCCAGCCUGGAGUUCAGAACACCCUCAGGGCUCCUCUGGAGUCCUUCUGGAACAGCCUCUUCUGGAGUCUGCAUCUGGCUGAGAAAUGGGCUUAGCAACAGGAAAAGAUCUUAUAAAACACCACUGAACUGCACAUUUACUAUCUUUGUAACUUCUAACUUUGCAAACUUCCAGAGCUCAAAUAUUAUUUUUCUGUAUCAUUCCACUGAGUAGAACAGAAGUAGGCAUCUGAAUGAGAAAUGGUUUUUCUGGUUCUCUCACUGGGCCAGACAUGAGGCACUCGGAACACUUAGGUCCUUUCCAAAGAUAGUGUCUGAUAUGAAAACUAACUACCAACACCACAGAGAUACUUCUAGGAGAAAGAAGUUCUCCAUUUUUAGAAAGAAAAAUAUAAACUAAGAGGGGUAAUGACACUGAGUGAGUUUGGAGGGAGACUUUUAACAAAAUUAAUUCAGAAUCAUAUGUAACUACUUGUUCAUAAUUUGGCUCCUCUUUAUCAAAUUAUUCUUGCUUUCUUACAACUGCACAUUACAGAAAUAUCCUAUAAUGAGAAGACUUUUGGAUAGUAACUUUAAAAUAAAAGUUACAGGAAUA